AUGAGAUACAUACGUACAGCCAAUCUGAAGAGGCUGUUUUCUUCGAAAAGACAAAGUUCUGAUGAAGAAAUAAGUAGAGAAUGUGAUUACAAUUCAGAAGAAAAUAAGUCCACCUCAGGCACUGCUCCACCACCAGCAGAAAAUCUUCGAAAACCCACAUGGAAAUGCUUUUCCUAUGAAGAAAUAUUUGCUGCCACAAAUGGUUUUAACUCAGACAACGUGGUUGGGAAAGGAGGGUUUGCAGAGGUAUACAGAGGAGUGUUAGAAGAUGGACAGGCAAUUGCUGUCAAAACAUUGUCAAAAAUUGCUAAUGAUGAGAGAAAAGAAAAGGAAUUCUUGACAGAAAUUGGAACUUUAGGGCACGUUUGCCACCCAAAUGUAACAGCAUUACUGGGAUGUUGUGUUGAUAAUGGCCUUUAUCUCAUUUUCCAAUUUUCCUCCAAAGGCUCUGUUGCUUCUCUACUCCAUGAUGAGAAAUUGACUGUAGACUGGAAAACAAGACACAAAAUUGCAGUUGGAACUGCUAGAGGCUUACAUUACUUGCACAAGAGUUGUCCAAGAAGAAUAAUUCAUAGAGAUAUUAAGGCUUCAAAUGUUUUAUUAACAGCUGAUUUUGAACCCCAGAUAUCUGAUUUUGGGUUGGCUAAAUGGCUUCCAUCACAAUGGACUCAUCACUCAAUUGCUCCUAUAGAAGGAACAUUUGGACAUUUAGCGCCAGAGUAUUUUAUGCAUGGUGUCGUAGACGAGAAGACAGAUGUGUUUGCUUUUGGAGUCCUUCUACUCGAGAUUAUUUCUGGAAAGAAACCAGUGGAUGGUUCUCAUCAGAGCUUGCAUAGCUGGGCAAAACCAAUAUUAAACAUAGGAGAAUUCAAAGAGUUAAUUGAUCCGAGGCUUGGAAAUGAAUAUGAUGCAGCACAUCUUAGUCGACUUGCAUUUGCAGGCUCUCUCUGCAUUCGAGAUUCUCCUAUUUGGCGCCCGUCCAUGAGUGAGGUAUUGGAUUUAAUCUUAAUGGAAGAAGAAAUUGACAAGGAAAAGUGGAAAAUGCCUGAGGAAGAAGAAUAUCAGGAAGACUUUUGGGGUUUUGAGGAUCUUGAAUGUGACUAUGAUAGUUCCUGCUCAACCUCCUUACACGAAUUAAUCUCGACAACCAGUUCUUAG